UCGGCAUGGCGGUGUUUGCGGAUUUGGACUUGCGUGCCGGUUCUGACCUGAAGGCGCUGCGCGGGCUGGUGGAGAACGCUGCUCACCUGGGCUAUUCAGUUGUUGCCAUCAAUCAUGUUGUUGAAUUUAAGGAAAAGAAACAGGAAAUUGAAAAGCCAGUAGCUGUUUCUGAACUCUUUACAAGUUUGCCAAUUGUGCAGGGAAAAUCAAGACCAAUUAAAAUUUUAACUAGACUGACGAUUAUCGUUUCGGAUCCAUCUCACUGCAACGUUUUGAGAGCAACUUCUUCAAGGGUUCGGCUGUAUGAUAUUGUUGCAGUUUUUCCAAAGACAGAAAAACUUUUUCACGUUGCUUGUACACAUUUAGAUGUGGAUUUAGUCUGCAUAACUGUAACAGAAAAACUACCAUUUUACUUCAGAAGACCCCCGAUUAAUGUGGCCAUUGACCGAGGCGUGAGCUUUGAACUUGUCUAUAGCCCCGCUAUCAAAGACUCCACAAUGAGAAGGUAUACAAUUUCCAAUGCCCUCAAUUUGAUGCAGAUCUGCAAAGGAAAGAAUGUAAUUAUAUCUAGUGCUGCAGAAAGGCCUUUAGAAAUAAGAGGCCCAUAUGACGUGGCAAACUUAGGCUUGCUGUUUGGGCUGUCUGAAAGUGAUGCCAAGGCUGCGGUGUCCACCAACUGCCGAGCAGCAGUUCUCCAUGGAGAAACUAGAAAAACCGCUUUUGGAAUCAUUGCCACAGUGAAGAAGCCUCGGCCAUCAGAAGCAGAUGAUGAUUCUCUUCCAGCUUGCAAAAAAGCCAAGUGUGAGGACUGAAAAGAAUCCCCCCGUCUCUGUCAACACUCCCUUCUUCCCUUUGAUAGUUCAUCAGCCACAACAGAGAGAAAACCUUCGUAUGACUGACUUUUUCACUUGGAGCUAGAAAUCAGUAGUCUAUAAAAAUGAUUUUAUAGUCAAGCCAUUAAGAUAACAAACAAAAUCUAGGGAAGCAUUAAAAAAAAAAAGACUACCAGCUUAAUGAAUUUAGAUACACCAUAAGAGAAAAACAGAGACUAGUUAGUUUAUCCUUUGUGUGAAGUGAUAAAGCGGCAGGGGUAAUUGAAUAAGAUGAUUCAGUGUUUCAGGAGACUCUUUAAAAAUGUUUCGUAUUCAUUUAAAAACUCAGUGCUUUUCUGCUUUACUUGAUAUACAUGGCUUAUGAUUUUUAAUCUUACUACUCAAGAAGUGGUUCUUUUUGAGGACUCUCCCUCUCUCUCUCUAUGCACAUAUAUGUAAAGCAUUUUUGACUGACUUGCGCUUGAGCGAUUUGAUGGACUGGCCUCGUUCACUCCCUCUGUUAAGCUGACGGCCACUGCUGCUGAGCCCACACACCGCGAGUCUGCCGCUGCCUCGAGUGCCAGCUCGCCUCUGCCUUCACCCAACGGGGAUUCACCAGAAGUUGAGGUGUGUGUUUAUUCACAGGGCUGUUUAUGCCAUUGUAUUUAGCAUCAUAAAAUCAUGUAAAUUAACUAAAAAUUAUGAAAACUUGUGAACAAUGGGGGGCAAAAAAAGAAUUCCCAGGAAAACUAAGUUGAUGCUUUUGAAAUAUUUGAAAAAGGUGACUCAUUAAAAAGAACUGCUGUCAAAGGAGGUGUGAGCAGGACAACUAAGAUUUAGGGGCGAUCCAGUAAAAAUGCUGUACUUGAUGACGACAUAAAGAGAUGGAAAGACAUUCCAUGUAUAUGGAUUGGAAGAAUAAACAUAGUUAAAAUGUCCAUACUACCUAAAGCAAUCUACAGAUUCAACGCAAUCCCAAUCAGAAUCCCAAUGACAUUCUUUACAGAAAUAGAACAAAGAAUCAUAAAAUUGCUAUACUUGGAUUACUUCACUGGAGUCGUAAGUUCUCUUCUUUAAAGAGACUGGAACUCAGGAAAGACAACUAGGUCUCCCAUCAGUGGAUCCAUUCUCCCAAGAACCGGCUUUGACCCUCCUUUAAAAGAUUGGCAUACAUUUAUAUGUUUUAAACUCAAAUAAAAUGUUUAAGGGGAUGUAUGUUCAA